UGAUACAGCCUCAGAACGUUGUCGGUCGUUUAGCGAAUUAUUUGUGUUUAUUUGUGUUGUGUUUACAUAUAUAUCAAGAUUCCAGAGUGAGUCAUCGAGAGCACACAGACGUGAGACAAAUCAAACGAGCAAUACACACAGAGUAGCAGUCCACAGUAGCAAUAUGAGGAGCAUAGUGUACGUGUUGACGCUUGCAGCGUUGGCAGCCGCCGCGCCCGCCCCACAACCUGCCGCGAACCCUGACCCCGCGCCACAGCCUGAUCCAGCCCUCGACUCGCAGCCUGAAAUCAUCGAAAUCAUAGCACCCGCUGCCAACGCACAGGAAACACUAGCUACUUUAAACCUGGGCGCGGCUGGAUCAGAACUCAGUGAAAGAAACAAACGGACCGUUGGCAUCCUAAGGCAACUUUUCCCACAACUCACACAGAUUAUCGAACAGAAGGUGCAGCAGAUCACGAGCACCGUGCUUAGGGUGUUUGGGCCUGUGUUCCUGAAGGCCUUCCUCGGCAACCGCAACAACGGGAAGACGAACGGUGGCGGCGGAACUGUCGAGAUCGACGAUGACGAUGAGGACGAUGAUGAUGACGAUGAUGUAUCAACUACAAUAGCACCAACGCGACGACGACGCGCGCUCUACUUUCCCCCGCCGAACUCCAUCGCUGAGGACAAUCAACUGCUAUCAGGUGCAGAGUCCCAGCAAGCAGAAGUUCGCGUCGCCUUUGGAGACCAACAAGCAGCCUCUGAUCAGCAACCCGCAGCAGCCGGAGACCAACAAACCGCUGCUCAGACUAAUUCUGCCACCAUUGAUGAAAUCACACUUGAUGAUGCUGACGACAGCGAAGAAAACAGGAAUAAGAGGUUCUUGAGCUUCGGAGGAGGUGCCUCAUCAUCUGGUGGAGGUUCAGGCAACUUCCUCUUCGACGUCGUCAGACUGGUAGCGGGAUCGUCGUCAGGCGCUUCAUCAUCAGGAGGAGAGGCGGAAGGCGAAGAUGGCGCGAAAGGUGAUGGUUUAACCGAGGGAGUCCCCGGUCCAAUCACACGUCUUUUCAUCAUCGCCAAUCGCGGUGUUGCCAAUCUCAUCCAGGACCUCAUUCUCCGUAUCGCGCAAACUUCCGAGCGGAUAGUCAAUUUCAAGGCAAGACUCAUCACCUCCAUCAUCUAAGCGACUCCAACUUAGAAAAAUUGCCUCCACGGUCGGAUCUCUCUCUGAAUAGUUUUUACAGAGACAUUCCAGACAUAUACGAAUUCGUUAUAUCGGUACAAAUCUUCAAUUUUUUUUAUUUUUAUAACACACCUAUUCGGUUGGAGAUCUGACCGGCUGGGCCAACUCAGUGUGACAGCCGUAGAAACUCAGCCGAUAGUGAAUUCAGUUCCUCAACUUUCCACCUGACUAAACAUAAAAAUGUAAAACUCAGUAGAACUUAUAACCAUGUGUGUUUUGCUUUGUUAUUUAAGUUAUAUAUGUUGCGGUGCGCGGUUAAGCUUGCUUUAGUUACAUAAGGGAAUAAGUUCUACUUUGUAUGAGCUUGCAACGAGUUCAGAUAUUUAUGUAACUACGGAAAGUGAAUGGACUGGAUACUUUAAUGUGAAAUAUAGUGGGUUACGAGAGCACUGCAGAUUAUUUAGUUAAUAAUAAUAAUCGCUAGUGAGUACCUACCUUGGUCUAGUUGGCUACAGGGAUACUGUAUAUUUAGAACCUCAUGUGAUAUUAUAAUAUCGAAUACUAAAUUUUUUGACGACUGUCUCAAACUGUUUUAAGACUGUGCAUUAAAAAGUAUUUUCAAAAGUGCAACUGUAUUGGUUAUAUAAAUUUGAUAUAUAAAUAAAAUAUACUUUCAGCUACACCAUGUCAUCAUGUAUUUAAUUAUGGGUGCAUUACCCAUUGCUACUGUGCGAACAAAGUUUUGACGCUUAAACAUUGUAUACCUACAUUGCCGGACACACAUAAGUUUUUCCUAGAAUAUUAUAACAUAGUGUUACUUAUUACAGUGGUUAUAGUUUGUCGGUCUGUGAUUAGCUGAGCGUAUCCGCGGCUCUCGCCUAGUGAAGCCUAGUAUAGAUGAUAGGUAUUAUUAAUGUUAUAGAUAAGUAGGUCGGGGGCGGCCGUGCCGUCUUGCUCAAGCUUUUUAUAAUACGUGACAUUUUUGAUUCGUUUUUACCUUUGUAAAUAUGUAUUAUAGCAGAAAUAAAUUUUGUGUAAAAUAAAUGAAGACCUAGGUCAUAGAUA